AAACGCCAUUACCAGGAUCGUCUUACGUUUGUUUAUUAAGGUGAGGAUUUUACACCUUGUACAUCAUUUAAUCACAACACUUUGGAGAUGGGAUAUUGCUUCAAGUAUUGAACUUUUCGACGAGCCUCAGCUAAAACAAAAAAAUUGAUAUGAAGACAUGACUGCCCAAUCCAGUGUUGCAGAGAGGAAAAUUGUCCUCGAACUUACAGACCUGCUUCAGAAAAAUGAAAGCAAGGUCCUAUCAGGGGAGACAAAUCUGUGUCUGACACCAAGCUCCCUUUGUAUUCUGGACAACACUUUCCGAAGGUUCAGCGAGAACUCAGAGGAUGUGCCUUUAACUCCGGGGAAGAAUGUCAGUAAAGCCAGACAAGAGGCUGAAAAAAGGAGAUGGAAAGAAAAUAUACGUGCCCUCUACGACUUUGUGCUGAAAGUAAAAGCAUUGAAGAUUAUCCAUGGCAGCAGCACAAUGCGAACUCCCGUGAAGAUUGCAAGGUUUCAGAGCAUAACUGUCCUGGAAGUGAAGAAACUGCCCAUCCACAUGGUAGAGGGUCUGUCAAGGGUCAGGGGUCAACUGUCAGAGAUCACUGUUAGCAAGUGUCUGCAGGAUGUCAAGGACCUGCUGGAGAUCUGUGGUGGUGACCGAAGCCCUGGGCUGGUCUGGUCCUAUCUGAGGAAUCUUUACCUUAGUUUCAACUCCCUAAAACACCUAGAUACCUCAUUGAGGUUUGUUCCGUUCGUGGAGGUGCUAGAUCUCAGUCACAACAACCUUACCGAAACCAAGGAGUAUCUCACAUACCUGACGGAGUUGACGCGGGUGAACCUGGGCUACAACAUGUUGUCAGUGGUUCCCACUUUUUCAUCCACGUGUAAACACAAGCUGGGAACCAUCGUCCUGAGAAGCAAUCAGCUGGAUAAAAUCGAUGGCAUUGAGGAGCUUCAAGGUCUACAGGAGCUUGACAUUGCUGACAAUUUCCUACUGGACCACAAAUGCUUGGAACCACUAGAGGAACUCACUAGACUAAACGUGCUGUGUGUGUCCGGCAACCCUAUGUGUUACAAGCCCCAACACAGAAUUCUGACUGUUGGCCAUCUAUCGUCCCUGUGUGGGUUUGGUGCCUUCCUCCUAGAUGGCAAGAGACUGAAUGGGGAGGAGAUUAGCGUCUUAAAACAGAACAAGUACCGUAACUACCAAAAUGAGAUCACUAAUGACCCUGAGCAAGAAGACCAUGAUGAUGAGACUGAGGUUAAGGUCAUUGCCGUUUCCCAACACUCAAUGAAGAAGAAAAGGGGCCAUAGAAGGGUGCCUAGCAAGGAGCGGAUACCAGCCAUCUCUAAUAUAGAGGACUCUUUAAUGGAGCAGCAUCUGUCAGGUUCAACUGGUGCGACCCCCAGUUCGUCCUACAAAGACCGCUCCACAGAGCUUUCUGCUGAGGCGGAAGAGGAGAAGAAAAGAUACGAGAUCAUGAGGAAGCACUACAGCCACGACUGGCUUAAGGCAUUGACAGCAGAGAAGAGUCAGGACUUAACAGAUAGUAGCGACAAGUCAAAAAGCCGAGAUGAAGCUGAUGUCAGAGCAAAAAGGGAACCUUCUCCAAAUUUUCGAAACUCGAAAAACGACAUAAGGACAAAAUCACCAGUUAACCCAACUUCCAUGAAUAAACCAGAGCCUGCUCGAGUAGAAGAGGUCAUAAAGGCGACAGUCAACAAACCACUUACGUCUUCUAUUUCUCCCCAUAUCAGUGAUACCACGGAUAUAUACAGCCAGCCAGUUAAGAGUGCCUCCAAGGAUAGCAUGAAGAGUGGCAUUGCCAGUGCAUCCGCCAGUGUGCUGCAGAUCUACUCUCAGACCAGCGUAGACUUUCCUACAACAUCAGCAUCAACAAUCGAUUCAGGCAUAUAUGGUGAGGAGUGUGAGCCGUUCUUCGUGUUGCUUCCGGAGAAGAACAUGACCUCCCUCAUCCUGACCAUGAAUGACCGCUUCCUUAUAGAGAAGGACCAGAAUGGACACAAGAUUGGAUCCCUCGAUCUGAAGUGUCUUUUGACUGUGAAUAGACGAGAGGAGAUAUGUGAUGGAGGAAAGGACCAGAUCGGAGGUCUCAUGUACAAUGUGAUUCAUCUCACCUUUGACAUGGUGAAGAAAGACGCGCGCAAGAGAACAUAUGCUCUGGAGGAUGAGAAUGAUGCUAUGUCACUGGAAUCUCUACUCAGCAAACACAUUCAGUCUUCAGAUGAACAGUAUAAUCUCAUGGAGUGUUUAAAAUGCCAAAAAGAUUUCAAGCAGUUGUCAGAAGAAAGUCAGCCAAAUUCCCUUCUAAAGUGCCCCUCGUGUGGCAGUAACAUGGUGAUCGGCUCUUCCAAGGUCAUGACCUCUGGGAAGACGGCAGGGACUUUGAGCCCGAUGCAGGCUGGGAAUGGCAGGGAAAAUAAGCCGAGUGUGGGCGAUUUGAGGGAGCAAGGGAAGUUCCUACAGCCAGACACAAAGUUAUCCAAGUCACCCAAGAUUCGCAGAAAGUCUCCACUUAGAGGAAAAUCUCCGCAAAGAUACAGUGGGAGUGGAAAGAGUUUUAGAGGCUAUGAUGAGCCUGAUUCAGGCCAGCAAGUUGAACCUGACAAGAUAAAGUCUGAAAGUUACCUUUCUACAUCUCCAAAAGAAAGUACAAAAGGCAAUGUCGUACCUAACUCUUCAUGUUCUGAUGUGAGAAUUUCAAUAUCUACCGCAUAUACUACACAGGAAAGUGUUAACUCUGUAGAGAGUGAUAUUGCCAUUCUCAGGCAAAAUUCUAGUCAAUCAAGAAUUUCAGACUCUUUUACUGAAGCAACAAAAGAAAAUGUCUCCCAAAAGGUUUCAAUGACUGUUAGCUUGUCUGAAAAAAAUGGUCAUGUGACUGCAGAGAGUGAUCACAACACUCAAUCAAAUGGAGUUCAUUGGCUAGAAGAUGGAAAGGGGCAUGUAACUCCUAUGGGAUCUCCGUUGUCUAAUAGUGUUUGCUCCAGUAUGGUGUCUAGUGUGUAUGAGAAUACCCUGGCAGGGGGUGGGGAUGAUAAGUCCCAGGGUGGCGAUUUUGAAGUAUUAACUGAGGAAAGCCAGACAGGGUCAAGUACCGAUUCUGUUACCCUUAGAAGGUCUUUAGGUACACCAGAACAAACCAGGCUCAGGGGUUCUAGGAAUAGGACUAUGGCUUUUUAUGGUUCUGAAAGUGCUUUAUCUCAGUCUAGAAAUAACAAUGCUGAUGAUAGUGAAGGGUUAAAAAGAAAGUCAGAGAAUUCGGAUAUUGAAAGAAAAGAAACCAAAUCAAAUCGGGAGUUCAGUAUUUAUGAAAGUGAUAGUAAUAGAAACGCUACAUCUAUUUAUGAUAGCGCAGUUUCGGAACAAGAUUCUAUGGGCGUUGAUCAGAAUAACUCAAGUGUAUACUUAGAUACAAAUAAUAGUAACAUAUAUUCUGAAAACGAUCAGAGUUCGAACAUUUCUUCACCAGUAAUCAGAAGAAACAAAACUUCUCAAAGAUCGCAAGUAAAAAGGCAAGCUGGAAAAUUUUAUGAUGAGCUAUCAGAAGGCUUACAAGACUUCCCUUCAGAUCUUUCACCAAUCAAAAACUCUGCCAGGAAACCAAAGGAUGCUUACAUUGAAAAUGAAGGUACUGACCUUGAAAAAUCCACUGAAGCUUUGUCUGAAUACUCAAGUGCCACUUCACAAUCCAAAGCAGACGACAGUUUACAGACAACAGGAAGUUUGAACACAACAGGAAGUGCCAUGUUGCCAUGGGAGAUAGAAGUAAACAAAACAAAGGAUUCUGGGAAAAAUGAGAGUCUCAACCAUGAUGAAUUCAUCAACAUUGAUCAUAGAGCCCAGCUGUACCUUGAGCUGAGAGUGUUCAAAGCGGAGGAGACUGCCCAGUGUGCCAUACAGUGUGCAAUUGUCCAGUAUAUGAAGCCUAAAGAUAUCAAAAGUCUGCUGGUCAUCUCAACAUCCAGAAUACUCAUAUUUGAAAUCACAGGAGAUAGUUCCAGCGGAUCUGAUUGGUUGAAGUGCUAUGAGGACCAGCCAAUCACAGAGCUUCAUUACAUUGACAUAGGGCUUGGCUACCAGAGCCUGAGACUGGAGUUUGACACUGAGUGUGCCAGCUAUACACUCCUUAUAGCUGAUGAAGGGAAAUGCAAAAAGUUCCUAACACUUAUUUCAGACAUUGUUCAGACGGCAGCCCUAUCAGACCACAGCAAGCUAGAAGGGAUCAUAAAACGUAACCCUGCGACCUUAUCUAACCUUGAGAGCCAGGUGUUGACCUUUGACGUAGACCCUGACCCCGAAGGUGACCCUCAGACUCUGGUCAGGUACCUGGCUGCUAGGUUGAUAGAUGAGGAGUCAGAGAAAGGAGAGCUGAUAAACCUAGUUGUAACUCCCACCGAUAUUGUAAUGGUGGAGGAAAACCACCAGUGGCCGUUACCCCGGCUGCAGGCUCCAUUGUCAGAUAACCUGAAAGGGAGACAAUUCACUAUCAUUCAAAGGGAGAAAAUUAACAACAUUGAGAGUCUGAUGUACAAUGAAGAAAAUCCCACAGAACUGAAAGUCACGUUCUUCGAGACUUCUGACACCGACAAUGGCAAGAGUGAAUGGCUCAUAUCACUGGAGACUGGGAGUGGGGUCAAAUCCCUGGUGGACUCUAUAAGGGAUCCCUGGGAGAGCGAAUUUGGUGUUUCCUUGGAUAUUACCUCUACCUCCUUCUCUGAACCAGAGUGAUUGGUUAAUAUCCCCAAAGACUGGCUAAUGGGUCAAAUCCCCAGUGGAUUCGUUUAUUUUGUUAUUGUUUUUCAGCCAUUUUGUAAGAUUUCCAAAGCAUUCUAGUCCUUGUUUUUCCCAAUCAACAGGUUUUACCAUGCUGAAAGGGCUGUAAUUUUUCCCACCUUAGUAGGCUCAUAUUCCCUAUAUAGCUGAAAAAACCUGGGACUUUAUAAGCAAUCCCUAGGAGGGCGAAUUUAAAUUUCACUGGAUAUUACCUCUACUUUUUUUCUCUGGGAGAGCGAAUUGGGAAUCUUCAUUGAUAUUCAAUAGUUUACUUCUCUGAACCAGUGUGAAAGGCUUCUUUCCCUUGAGACAGAAAAAGGGCCAAACACCAUUUGACUCUUAUAAGAUAUCACUGGGUGAUUUAGGGUCCACUUGGAAAUGAAUUGAACCACAGUGAUAUUAUUAAGUUUUUAUAUUGAAACUUUGUAUGACAAAAAUAUGAACAUAUUGCAGUACUUGUUGCAAACUAUGAAGUUGUAAUGGAUAGACAUAGUUAACACUUAACACUUGUUUGAUACAGUUAAAGCGUCGCCAAAAUAUGGUGCACCAUAUUAGGAUCAUGCUAUUCAAACACAUUUGUCUAUGUAUUUCUUUUGUAUAUAUAUUUUCGGGGGCAUUCUGGGUAAUUAUUACAUGUGUGUUCUUACAGUUUAUGAUAAAUGCAUUUUUGUACUUAUUUAAGAUAUUUUUGCAAUGUAUUUUAUUAUCUGUAUAGAAUGGCAAUAAUGUGUUUAUAUUAGUCAGUUUUAUACACUACGUUAUUUUAAUAAUGCAAUUAAAAAUAUUCAUGUAAAAAUCUACAAACGUAUUACCGUAAGCAUGUGUUUGCUUAUGCAAUGCAUACCUUUACUGCUUCACAAUUUGGGUUUCAUAGUCAUGUAUAUAUUAUUCAGUUAUAUAUGUAAGUAUGAGUUGAGUAACAAAUGAAAAAAAAUCAUGUGGUUUGUGUGAUUUUGUUUUCAGUUAUUGUUUAUAUUGUGUUUUUCUUUUAAUAUGUAUGCAUUUGAAACAUUCCAUCAUAUCUUACCGCCUUUAGACUACUUUAUCAAACUGCUCUAUUGUACAUCUACAUAUUACCAGUAUGUUUGUUUCGUCAUUCUUGUGUGUGCCAAAACUUGCUUAUAAAACAUUGAUGGAAGAGUUGUAUUUCUUUCAUGCUUUUUGGCAGAAUAUGGAUAUUUAUCUGUGUAAUAUCAACAGUUAUAUUUUCAGUGUUCACUAAGGAGUGAAAUAUCAACUUAAAGGCUUCUUUGAAAAUCAGUUGUAGUUACUUCCCUUUGAACAAAACUGAGUACCUAUAUUUUCAUCUGGAUAAAUGUCUCGUCUACAAAAGGAUAUGUCCCGUCUACAACUGGAUGACUGCCAGAGUGAUUGAAUACCCAUCUGUUAUGAAACUUACUCUUAGAAUUGGAAAGUGUUGUUAAUCCAAUGUUAAACCACUUUGUUCUGUUUCAACUUUGGACCUUCCAAAUAUGUGUGGGAAUGAAAGUCUUCAUCAAAGGCAAUCAAAACUGUGCGUCCCACAGGUAGCAAAAAGGAUGCCAAAACGUUUUUGUUUUUAUGACACUCGCGAAAUUAAAUAAGAUCUGACACUAAAAUAAACAAAUAUCAGCUUUGUACUUAUUAUUUGUGUACAUGUAUUCGUGUUUUUUAAGUUUUAGUUCAGAGUUUAUUUAUUGUAAAUAUUAUCAUUAUUGUAAUUUAUUUGUGAUGUAGCAUAAUCAAUGAUUAACUAUAUAUCCAACCAUCAAAGAGUUUUGUUAUUUUAUCGCUUUAAAAUUCACUCGUAAGGAUGGUGCUAUUUCCAAUCACUACAAAAAAAUAAAAGGAAUUAAUGAAUAAGUUCAUUGUUUCAGAAAUAUUAACUUUGUUGCUUCAUUUACUAUUCCUAAAACUAGAAAAAUCAUUUUUUAAGAUCUUGAAAAACUAUAUAAAUGCACAUUUACAUGUUAGAUAUAUUUGUUUAUAUAUAUAUUUGUCUGUAACCUUUCUGUCUGAAGGUGGGUAUACGAAUGAAUGGUAUACCUUUCAAUCUGUUUUGAGUUGAAGCUUUUUUUGUCUGUAUAAACCCUACUCUCUGAGGCCAUAGUUUGGUGUGUAUACAUAUAACUGGUAUGUUAGCUUUCAUUCAGUUCUGAGUUGAAAUGUUAAGUUUAAUUCAAUAAAGAAAUUGAAG